AUGAAGGUCAACUUCGCGAACUUCUUCCUGCUCACCUCGGACGGCGAGCCGGUCUUCCUCGGCCUGUUCUACCUCGGCGUGGUCAUGACCGCGCUCAUGGCCAGCACCGUGGCGUUCAGCGUGUACCUGGCGCGCACGAACAAGACCCCGCACGCCGCGCUCCUCGCCGGCAUGCGCGUCCUCGAGGUCCUCUGGCUCCGCCUCUUCGGCCUCCAGUUCCUCUCCGUCUUCCUCGUGCCCUUCUCCUGCGACUGGACGGGGCAGGUGGGCGACUCGAACCGCAUGCUCUACCUCCCCGAGAAGAAGUGCUUCGAGGGCACGUUCGCCGCGCACGCGGGCGUCGCCGCCGUCGUCGGGCUCGUCCACGUGGCGCUGUACGCGGCCUUCACGCUCAAGGACAUCGACCUCAACGUGCUGAGCCUCAACCCCAUGGCCAUGGGCUCGAUCACGGCCGGGAUCCGCCUCCUCGCGCUGCGGCUGUUCUGGAUCUUCACCUUCCACCUGGUGAUCGGCGGCGACCGCACCGCCGCGGCCGCCCUGAUCAUCAUCGCGCUGUACUGGACGGCCUACAUCCACGUGCGGCGGCUGCCGUGGCUGGGCGUCAAGGCGUCGUACAUCCACUCGGCGACCUCGGCGAUGCUGUUCGCGUUCGCGGUCGGCGCCGCGGCCGUGGACGGCGACGCCACGAAGCACGACACGGCGGCGAUCGUGAUGUCGGUGCUGACGGUGGUGGCCGUCGCGGCCAUCCUGGGGCUGACGUACCUGCGGCGGAAGCACGUCGACGGCGUGCUGAUGAAGUUCGCGGCGCUCGGCGAGGACGUCCGCGACGCGUCGAAGCGCGUGCACCGCUUCAUCGACGCGGAGGAGCUCGAGGUGCUGGUGCGCGCGGUGCGGCCGGCCAACCUGGUGGGCGACGUGCGCGGGCUGGAGUUCAACCACCCGAGCGAGGCGCACAAGACGGGCGCGAUCCUCGUGCUGCACCACGCGUCCGCGCAGCAGUUCCCCGACGCGCUGGAGGUGAUCCUCGCGGAGACGAUUCUGUGCAACUACGUGAAGAUGGACACGCAGCAGGCGCACUCGUGGCUGGAGAAGGCCAAGCUGAGCAAGACGCGGUCGUUCGCGCACAACCUGAUGAUGUGGCAGCUCGGCACGGAGCUCCGCCGGCAGCAGGAGGAGGACUCGUCCGACACCAUGGACUGGAUGUCCUACGUGGAGCUCCAGAACAACCUGAAGACGCUCGUGCGGCUGCACAAGCGCGCGCGCGUGGCCGUGCGCGCCUUCUGGCGCCAGCUGCUCCGGCAGGACGUGUCGGUCUCGCGGCUGAUCAGCGCGUUUGCGCGCGUCGAGAAGGCCGAGACGCGCGCGGACGCCAACUACCGCGCGAUGAUGGAGCGGUACCCGCGGAACGUCAAGGUGCUGCGGUCGUACGCGCGGUUCCUGGACGAGGUGCAGGGGAACCCGCAGCUGGCGCACGGGUACUACGACGAGGCCGACAAGAUGGAGGACGCGCUGGCGGCGGCGCACCAGGAGGCCGCGAUGGCGAUGGGCGAGCAGGGCAAGUACGCGUCGAUGCUGAGCACGGUGGACGAGAGCGUGGACGCGGUGGUGGUGAUCGCGGUGGACGGCACCAUCACCUUUGCCAACAAGAACAUCUGCAAGAUGUUCGGGUACCGCCAGAUCGACCUCGAGGGGCGCAACGUGGCGAGCCUGAUGCCCGCGCCGUUCAGCCAGCAGCACCCGCAGUACCUGAAGAACUACCAGACGACGGGCAAGGCGCAGGUGCUCAACUCGGUGCGCGAGGUGAUCGCCAUGCACCGCGACCGCUUCGUGUUCCCGAUCGUGCUCGCGGUGACGAAGAUCUCGCAGCAGGGCAAGGACGGCUUCAUGGGCGUCAUCCGGCAGGUCGAGGAGGACACGCGGUACGCCAAGGUGUGGGUGGCGCGCAACGGCAUGAUCAUCUGCGGCUCCAAGGGCUUCGUCGACAUGUUCGGGUUCACGUACGGCGACGUCGCGGGCAAGUUCUGCGAGGUCUUCAUCCCGGACGAGGAGGACCGCACGCGCGUGGUCGAGCAGGCCAUCGAGAACGAGCACAACGAGGAGGGCUACACGACGCAGUUCAAGUGCCGGCACAAGUUCGGCGAGGAGUUCUACGUCAAGUGCCGCACGCACAUCGGCGGCACGGCCAACAUCCCCCUCGUCGUCAUGGUGAUCUCGCGCCGCGACGCGGAGAAGCCCAUGUUCACCGUCGACACGUCGGGCUCGUUCGUCUACUACAACCAGUCCUUCCAGCAGGCCACGGGCUACACCACCGAGCACCUGCGCCGCGUCGCGAUCAUGGACCUCCUCCCCGAGCCCCUCGGCGCGCUGCACGGCUCCUGGCUCAAGGGCAAGGAAGUGCGCGGCGGCGGGCAGUCGUCGUGCCAGCAGGGGCAGCUCAUCGAGCUGGUCCACAAGGCCGGCCGCGUGCUGCCGUUCAAGAUGAAGAUGGACCGGUCGACGCAGGCCGACGACGGCUCCGAGAUCAUCACGUGCUCGCUGGACCCGCUCACCGUCGAGCAGGGCCGCCUCGAGCGGCAGAUGGUGCUCCGCGUGGACCGCAACGGCAUGAUCACGGCCGCGGACAGCGCCCCGGGGGCGUUCGGGUACGAGCGCAGCGCGCUCAAGGGCCGCGCGCUCAGCGACGUGCUGCGCGUCUCGGGCGACGUCGCGGGCGUGCUCGCAGACUGGGCCGCCUCGAAGGGGCGCCGCUUCUGCCGCGUGCCGGUCGUGGACGCGAGCGGCGUGCUCCGGCCGGGCGUGCUUGACGCGACCAGCGGGUCCGAGGAGGGCGGCUGGAACGUGACCGUCCGCCGCCUCGAGAUGACGCACAUGACGGCGUGCAUCGACGUUGACUCCUCGUGCAAGAUCACGAACUGCCAGCCGCUGGCGCAGCACGUGCUCGGCGUGGCGCAGGAGGAGAUCCUCGGGAAGCAGCUCAGCGAGUUCCUGGUCGGGGUGUGCGACAACGACGACGUCCAGGAGCUCCUGAACGACUCGGCCGGGAAGCGCGGCGGGCUGUCGGGCAAGUCGAAGGCGAUCGGCCCCCCGAAGACCAACGUGGCGCUCAACCACGCCGACGGCACGCCCAUGAACUGCAUCGUUCAGGUUGUCGAGAAGGCGUCGGCCACCAACCGCUGGCAGGUGCUCCUGAUGCCGCAAGCCACGCACGUCGGCGCCCCGCUGAUCGGAAGCGGCGCCGCGCCCAGCGCCGACGCCCUGCGCUCGUCGCUCCGCCAGAUGUCGUCCCGAAUGAUGAUCUUUGGCAGCGGGGACCGCGAGGCGCCCGCGCUCGCCCGCGACAGCAUCAAGGAGGCGGCCGAGGUGUCGGAGUCGCCGUCGAGCUCGGCGCGGGGCAGCGCGACCAACCUGCCCCCUGAGGUCACGUCGCGGCCGCGCGUGCCCUCCCGGCUCGCCCGCGGCGCGCACCUGGACUCACGCGGGGAGCUCGGCGCCUCGCCGAUCACCGUGCCGCCGGUGCGCGAGGACGAGGGCGAUGGAGAGGACGAGGGCGCCCUUUCAGACGACGGCGGAGGGCAGCUCUCGGACGGCAGCGACAGCGAGACCCCCGCAGCGCAGGACGCCAAGCAGCGCAUCUGGCGCUGGGUCGACACGGAGGGCGAGGUCGCGCCGGCAGCCGCCGUGGAGGGCGACGUGCCGGAUGCGGUCGCCGCGGGCGGCGAAGCCCCCUCGAAGCUGACUCAGGCCUCGAUUCGCAAGGUGCAGCGCGCGCAGUCGAAGCGGUCGACGGCGCUGGCGAGCCAGCGGCAGCUGGAGGGCGCCGCGGCGGCCGGCGCGAGCAAGGGCGCGCUGCUCGCGAAGGUUGCGAGCGGGGUGAGGUCGGUCGGGCGGCAGUCGGUUGGCGCGGGGUCGGUGGCGGACGGCAUGAUGUCGAACCCCCUGUAUGCGCGGAGCGACGUCAACGGCGAGGACGACGACGCGCAGCACGUGUCCGCGGAGAUGCUCAAGGUGGCGGCGGCGUCGACGUUCGGCGCGACCGUGGACGGCAUGGGCGGCAUGGAGGUUGCGGCGAUGGAGGAGCUGGGCAACCUGGGCGACGACAACUCGAGCGGCGGGGGCUCGGACUCGCUGAAGCUCGCGAUGGAGCAGCAGUCGUCGGACACCAAGUUCCGCCGGUUCCGCCGCCUGCAGAAGAUCAUGACGUCCAAGGUCAUCCAGCGGCCGGUGAUUCUGCUGCGCACGACGGUGAAGAUCGUGGCGGUGCUGCUGCUGCUGGUGCACCUCGCGUGCUUCGUGACGAUGAUCACGCUGAUGCAGAACCAGAGCAAGGUCCUCGACAACAUCAACGAGGGCUCCAACGUCAUGCGCCUCACCGCCGACAUCAGCGCCCUCGCGCGCCAGAUCGAGGCGCAGCGCAGCGGGUACGCGCUCGCGGACCUCGACUUCAACCGCACCGUCAGCGAGAUGCGCGUCGAGACCGCCCAGCUCGCGGAGCUGCACGUGACGCUGUACGAGGACGUGGCCAAGGCGCCGAAGAAGUGGAAGACCGAGCUCAACCGCGUGUGGCUCGACGACCCGCGGCACGUGCUCGUGAUGCAGGAGGCCGGCAACCCGGCGUCGAUUUCGAACGUCACGACCAACCUGUGGGAGUUUGGGAACGAGUUCACCGCCGCGGCGCGCGCGGUGCUGACGCUGGUGCGCCAGGACACGGCCGGCACGACCAAGCUGGAGAACAACCGCGGGUUCCGGCUGCUGAUCGAGAACGGCGUGCAGGUCCUCGCGCCGGCCUACCAGGACAUGCUCCGCGUGAUGACGGCGCAGGCGCGCGACUCGUCGGAGCUGCUGGGCAUCAUCUCGCUGGCCUUCCUCGGCCUCGAGGUGGGCCUGCUCGUCCCGCUGUGCCUGGUGUACAUCUACGUCCUGAUGAAGCGCUUCUGGGAGCACCGCGUCCUGAUCUUCUCCAUGUUCGUCGCGCUCCCGCGCCCGCUGGUGUACGAGCUGGCCAACCAGAAGGUGAUCGUCGAGGAGGACUCGGACGAGUCGGACGGGGACGACGACGACGUGUUCGUCGUCGGGCAGCAGAAGCCCAAGGCCGAGGAGGGCGGGAAGGGCGCCAGCCUCGCCAACCUGAAGGUCACCAAGCGCGACCUGCGCCACGUGCAGAUCAUGCUGCACGCGCGCGACUCGGCCUUCCGCGUCCACGCCGCGGACAUCGUGCGCAUGUACGCGCCUUUCGUGCUGUGGGGCGCGGUCGUGGCCAUCAUCCUCGGCCUCACGUGGGGCCUGCAGCUCCAGUCCCAGGACCGCAUGGUCUGGACCAACUACACGGCGCUCAUGGAGUUCGAGUCCGCCAAGAUGGUCUUCGAGGCGCAGGAGCUCGCCCUCGCCAAGGAGGGUGCGUCUGCGGCAGGGCUCUCGCAGGCGGUGGUGGACGCGCGCGUCGCCGCCGCGCGCGCGGCGCUGAACACCUCGGCGUACUCGGUCGAGGAGGUGCAGACGUACCUGCAGGCGGGCAACCAAGACGUCGACCCCCCGAUCAAGGACGGCCUUCUGACGAUCGACGCCGAGAUGGUCGAGCUGCAGUACGGCUCGGGCUGCCUGCGGACGAGCGACAUUGACGGGUGUGCGAACGCGACGACCAACGCCGGCGCGGUCACGCUGAACGGCCUGAGUCAGUUGGUGUUUGGCAUCUCGACGCGUGCGCAGCUGCUCGCGGGCGACAACGUCGCGGUGCUGGACUCGAAGAACGACCGGUUCCUGUUCAUCGAGCACUACGGCUUCAAGGACCUGCGCCACGGCCUGAAGCAGAGCCACGAGAUCGUGGGAGGCAACCACACGGCGCUGCAGGGCAUCAUCACGAGCCACGUGAUCCUGUUCGUGCUGACGAUCCUCCUCCUGACCUUCGCGCUGCUCGUCACGGGCCGCAAGCACCUCGCGUCGUCGGCGCGGGAGGCGCGGCGCGCCGCGCGGCUCAUCACGGACGUGCCCAAGUCGCUCGGCCUGGACGACAUGCUCGCGGAGCUGCGCGACGAGCAGGCCGCGCGCGCGAAGAACGCUUUCGUGCGCAGGAUGGUGCGCUUCUUCCGGUGGGUGUUCCGGCGCAACCGGCGCGACGCGGACGACGACAGCGACGACGACGCCAUGUCGGUGGCAUCGCUCAAGAAGGGGCGCAAGGGCAAGAAGACGAUCAAGAAGGGCCGCAUCGAGAAGGGCAACGGCGGCGCGGCGAGCGGGCUGCAGAAGAAGAUCAAGCGCAUCGACUGA